AUGGCUUCCCUCUCACUCUCCGAGGCCGACUCACACAAGGUAAACACACACCCGGACGGCCGGCAAAGCUGGAUAGGAAAACGCUCGAUGGACAGGGUUGAUUUUGCCUGUGUUGUUUUUGCUCACAAUGCCUUUUGGGUUGAAUCAUAAAUAUCACUGUAGUUGAAAAUCUCCAACUGAAUUAGGUUGUUUAACAAAGAUUGUAUGGGAUGAGCUGGAGUUAGUGUUUGAAAUGGCACUAGGUAGGUCUCGGACAGAGUCAAUUUAGAGUGAGCCGGGUGUUUCUAUCUGCGAUGGUGUGAUCAGCUGCGAUAGGGAGCAUAGCUCAUAAAGCAUAAUAGCCCGCCAUCAGGAAACUAAAUAUAGAUGGUGUUUUGAUUGCGUGAAAAAUGACAUUUCAAAGGAGAUUAGGAUCAGCACCACUAAAACAACAGUGCCAAGAGCCAAGGGGCAGAGCUCUGUCACCCCUGCCCCCCUGCCCUCCCGCCCGCCCGCCAACCUGCCUGCCUCACACAGCUCUUACAGCAGGUAUCCGCAAUUAUCCUCAGGGCCGUGUGUCACUUUUUCCAGCGCAGGGAUUCUAUGUGUGUGUGGGAUUGUGUGUGUGUAUGUGUCUUUCUGUGUGUUUGCGUGUGUGUGUGUCUCUUUGGGAGUGUUGUGGGGGGUCAUAGGUCAAUGGUCCGGGUUGGCUCCUUCACUUGGCUUCUUGUCGCCCCUAGUCACUGAGUGGCUGUGACCCCAUGACCCUGUGACCUCAUCUCCUUAGCUCCCUCAGCCCUCCUUCCAUAGCAACCGCAGGUUGAGGUGCAUGACAUCAUGAGCUGCGGUCUUCGCUAAUGAUGGGAGAGCGGGAGGCGGAAAGUGAACGGGAAAGGGGAGGGGGUGUAGUGGGGUGUGAUCCGGAGCGCGGAUAAUUUUUUCCGACAUUAUUCGAGUAUUAGCAGUGUCAUUAUUAACGCAGGUGUGUUUUCUCAAUGACCAAAUUCUUCUUAUGCUUCGCUGAAUAGAGCCUGUCAGAAUCCAGCUGGGAGAUGUGAAAGGGCGUUGCUGCCGGCAAUAGAUGACCCCCGCGGAAACACACACACACACACACUCGCCGUCCCUGUCUAGCUGGCCACAACACCCCAUAUAUCCCAAACACUUUCCCCCUGUAAAGCAUAGCGUAGCAUAGCAUAGCAUAGAAUCCCCGCUUCAUGCUUUAUUUUUACAAAAUCCGAACACACGCGGAGGAUCAGGAUAUGGCCGCUUACAUGAUUUAAUUAGCACAGGCGAAGUACUGAGAGGUCAAACUCCAUUCAGAGCAGAAACUCUAUCCACUCAUUGAUUCUAUUAAAAUAAUGUGUGUGUGUGUGUGUGUGUGUGUGUGUGUGUGUGUGUGUGUUUGUGACAGACCCUCCUCCUUCCCCCACACACUCCUUCUCCCCACCCCCGUACACCCCACCAGUGGGCUCUAACACUGUCAGCUGAAUACAACCCUGGGGUUCAAUGGCACGCUUAAAAGUAAUGCAACAAUACACUGUACAUACUUAUAGGGCACUAGUGUGUACAUGCAAACACAUAAAAAGACAAAAACUAAGUAAAAUAAAAUAAAAUGUUAUUUGUCACAUGCUUCGUAGACAACAGGUGUAGACUAACAGUGAAAUUAUUUAUGUGUCCAUUUCCAACAUUGCAAAGUAAAGAUAAGAUCACAAUGAAAUAAAAUAUUGAAAUAGUGACACGAGCAAUAAAUACACAGUGAAUAACAAAUUAAAUGUUUGUGUGUGAGGUGCAAAACGGGACGGAGUUAGUGAUGUUAGUUCCUGCGUGCGUUCCUGCGUGCUUGUGUCUGACCAUGCUCAUGUGGAUGUGGGUGUGUGUGAGGUGAAUGAAGCUAUGCCUGCUGUGAAAGCCAUUAGGUGCAAUUGAAGUGGGAGCGAUCAUUGAGCGUGAGCCUGCCAGCCGCGGAUGUUUGGGCUUUGGUAGAAUCAGUGGUCUCUGCUUAAAAGAGCAUCGUCUGGGAGACGCAGUCCGGGGUUUACGACACCGUUCAGCCUCUAAUGGACAGACGUCCACGCACCCAACACAGCGGUCAUUCUUCGCUCUCACACACACCACACACACAGACCUACACACACACGGCCCAGGGCUUUUAAUAGAAUCAAUGAGUUGAUCGAGUUUUUGCUCUGAAUGGAGUUUCAGAGCAGCACUGGGGUCAUGACUGGGGUGACUGGGUUCAUUCUUCACUCACACAGACCUACACACACACACGCACAUUCUCUCCUCACAGUUAGACAUACACAUACGCCUGCAAUCAGAAACUCCCUAUACAUGCAUGGCAUGCAGACAUACACUUAUAGCACACACACACGCACACCACACACACACACACACGUCUUACUGCACUGAUGUAGGGUGGGAAGCCAUACUGUGGCACAGUACUCCAGGUGAGUUGUUAUCAUGUUAUGGUAGAUUGUCAGGAGGAUGUCCUUGGAGACGAAGUCCCUUGCCAUUUUUAUAGCGCCAAGCCCAGACAGCAGUUUCCCUGUGGGUCCAACUUCGUCCCCAGGUACUUUAUGUUACUCUUGUGACACUUUUGCCUAUGUGUCUCAGCUUUGGUGGGUUGCCAAACAGCAUUGCGUUUUUACUAUCCUUUGCUCCCUCUGAGGAUCUUGAUAUAACUUGUUGGCAAUAAAAAGUGGUUGGUGGUCUGUUUGUAUUUAAUUAUAGUGUGUGAUAUGUCAGCUGGAUUUGCUGCAGAUUGCCCUCAUUCUAAGGAGAGAGAUCCAGAGGGGCUAUAGAUUGUGUCUCUCACUAGCGCUGUCUUAUAUAGUUCAAACCUGGGAAAACAUUGAUUCAGAGUUGAAACAGAAGGGAUUUCAAACAGUUAGAACCGAUUUUGGACCCGUUUUGGUAAAACAGGUAGAACUCUUAUGGACCAGUUUUUGCAAUGGUUGGGUUUUGGUUUGGUCAAGCCUGGAUUUGAGUUGAGAUCAACCGACAUGAGAUGUGAGUUUGAACUGAAGACAAGUUAAGUUGGAGGUCCAGGAGUUGGACAUAAGGGGACACAGGAUCCACAGGUUUAGCUCAGAUAGACAGACAGACAGAGACAGAGACAGAGACAGAGACAGAGACAGAGACAGAGACAGAGACAGACAGACAGACAGACAGACAGACAGACAGACAGACAGACAGACAGACAGACAGACAGACAGACAGACAGACAGACAGACAGACAGACAGACAGACAGACAGACAGACAGACAGACAGACAGACAGAGACAGAGAGACAGAGACCUACACGGUUCAUCGGGCAUGAUAUUAGGCUACACUAUGUACAGUCAGUGUAUAGGUCAGCAGGAUCUGACUUUAGUUUAGACAAGGAGUAGCUAUUAUGAGUCGAAUUCGGACAGGGGAGAUACGAGCCUGGGCUGCAGACUGAUCCCUGUGAAGUGUAUGGAUCUGAGAGAGAUAGAGAGAAAGGGGGAGAAAACGAUCUGAUCAUCCGCAGGCGGAAUGGAAAGAUAAACUGUGCCUGUCGCCUACACACUCUCCUCCUCUGAUCUCUCUCUCUCUUUCUAGCGGCUACCUCCAUUGCCCGCUCGCCUCUGUGGCUUUAAGGACCGUCAUUCCAACAGCAUGCACCUCAUCGGGCAACUGGACCUGACUUUUCCCUCUGAUUUCUGGGACAUUGACUCUGUUGCCCAGCGGAGGGAGGGGGGCGGGGGGGGGGUCAACAACCCUCACCUCCCCCGGCCGCCCAGCUACUCCCCAGAGUUCCCAUUAGCAGGUAAUAGCCCCAGCCCUGGGGUGAUGAGGAUGAAAAUGUCAGAGUGAGAGGGUUUAGGGCAAGGAGCAGUGGAAAACGAGGAGAAAUGAUGUCAGAGGAAUCGCGACCACCGAUUGGAGUGGAGAUUCCAGAGGAGAGCCUAUAAAACGGGGAAAGUCAACACCAGGAACAAGCAAAGGGAGGGAAAAGUUGGAACGUGAGAAAUUCCAAGAACUUUUCAACAUCCUCUCUCUCCUCCUGUGUGUGUAUAUGUGUGUGUUCCAGGCUGUCUAUAACUAAAGGUGAGUACAAUAGAACAAACAAGUACAAUAGAAUGAACGGGGCUCUCUGUGCACAAAUGGGUGCUCAGACAUGCAUGGAUAUAUGUAUGCAUAAAUGCAUGAAUGUAGUGCAGGUGUGUACACUCUUAGAAAAAGGUGCUAUCUAGAACCAAAAAGGGUUCUUUGGCUGUCCCUUAGGAGAACCCUUUGAAGAACACCUUUUGGUUCCAACUAGAACCCUUUUGGUUCCAGGUAGAACCAUUUUGGGUUCCAUGUAGAACCCUUUCCACAGAGGGUUCUGCAUGGAACCCAAACGAGUUCUACCUGGAAACAAAAAAGGGUUCUAAAUGGAAGCAAAAAGGGUUCUCCUAUAGGGACAGCCGCAGAACCCUAUUGGAACCCUUUUUUUCUAAGAGUGUAUGUUCAUCACACCUAUGUGUAUUUGUGCAGGUGUUCUUGAGAGAUGUUGUUUAUGUGUGCAGUAUAGAAUACAGUAGAAUAAUGAUUAGUGAAUGAUGAGUGACAGUUUUGUUAAAUAGUGGUUGUAGACCUUGCAUAAGUUCACAAUUAGUUUGAAAAUGAGUUUGAUCUUUGAAUUGUAUCUGUAUUUUUGUGAAUGGAAGAAUUUGAGUGUCUUUGUGUGUGUGUAAAGAAUGUUUGUGAUGUAUGCUAAAAUUAGCUGAUGUGGCUGGACAAUACCCUUUGCCAGUCAAGUCUAAAACAUACACUGUGAGAACCUUGGGGGAAUUGAACACGACAUGGUUUCAAACAGGACCGCUUGAUUUUACAGUCUGAGAAAGGUGUUCCAAAAGGUAUUCUAUGGACCAAUAGAGACAUUUAGUUAUUUUUACCAGCUUUUCAGUUGAUUUACUGCUUGGUCAUUUGGACCAGGAUGCAAGUGCUCUCGGGGUGGACUGAUAGACUGAUACACUAGGUAUAGAUAGAUAUAGACUAGAUAAUGAUGAGAUAUCCAGGUGUGGAACUAUGUUUUUGCUUAUUUUUAAAGUACAUUUAAUGAUGGGAGUGUACAAUUGCUCAAAUCAUGUGUAUAAUUGCUCAAAUCCCACACAUCAUGUGUUAUGGGUGUUUUCCAUUGUUAAAUUGGACCAUCAAAUGUUUCUCUCGUUAGCUCCAAAGGUUGGUUAUGGCUAUUGGAAGCCAGUGAGGGGUGUUGAAAGUUGGGACAGCAGCAGUGUGUUUGUUGUAGAGGGGUCCUACUGUUUUGGGUAGCUGUUUUGAGUAGUUUGGGGUUGUUUUGGGGUUGUUUUGGGUUGUUUUGGGGUAUUAGUUGGACCCUUGUAGAGUGAUAGGGAUUGGAAUAGUACAUGUAUGGUAAAAACAGUGUGAAAGGGUUUUAAUACCCUAUUGGUAUUCGAAAAUAGGAAAUAGUUAUUUGAAUUCUACAGUGUUUUUAUUUUAUUUAUUAUUUUAUUUAAUCUUUAUUUUGACAGGGAGUAAUGCUGAGACCAAGGUCUCUUUUACAGAUGAGCCCUGUAUCAUGCAUACACAUCAAUACACAUCAAUGUACACUAUACACAUCAAUAUACAUCAAUAUACACAUCAAUACACAAAAAUCAUAUAAAACAAACACAUUCUUCAAUGAAAAUGUCCUCAAUCAGCCUUCUGAAUUUCUCUGGAGGCACCAACUCUUCCAAAUUUAGAGAGCUUUGGAGAUUAUUCCAGCUCUGCAAAUUGUUUCAAAUAAAGGGCGCAAAAAAACUAAAAGCAGAUUUACCUAACUCAGUGGAGAUCGAAAGGAUCUCCAAAGUUAUCCAUCCCUGAGACCGGGUCUGAUAGCUUGUGUUGAGUAGUAAGUGUUGGACAAAGGACGCAUGUUAGCACCAGGUAUAAACGGGGCUAUUGUGUGGAGUAUUAAGUGAGAAUGGGUAGAGUAGUGUGUGUGUACAUACGUGUAUCUAGACAGUGUUCAGAAAGCUUGCCACUAGCAGUAGUAAUAGUACAUUGCCAAGUGUGUGUAGGGGAGAAUGAGGAUCAAUAGUAUACUUUUUUUAUAUGACGAACUAUUUCUUUUUAAAUACUUUUUUCAAAAGAAACAUUGAAUAUGUAAUAAUAAUAAUAAUAUAAUAUGCCAUUUAGCAGACGCUUUUAUCCAAAGCGACUUACAGUCAUGCGUGCAUAAUUUUUUUUGUGUAUGGGUGGUCCCGGGGAUCGAACCAACUACCUUGGCGUUACAAGCGCCGUGCUCUACCAGUGAGCUGGUUCUCCUCUUUUUGGCCAUUUUCUGUUGUUUUGAAAUGGAAAACUGAGCGGGUAGAGCAUAACACGUCAACCCUGUUACCCAUAACAAUAGAAAAAUUAUUGUGAAGCUUGCAUUCAAUUGCCGCUUCCUGUUGCACACAACACGAUUCCAUUCCCACGUCAAAUCAAAUCAAAUUUUAUUUUAUAGUAGACUUAACCGUGAAAUGCUUACUUACGAGCCCUUUCCCAAAAAUGCAGAGUUAAAAAGUAAGAAAAUGAGCAAAUAAAAAUAGAAAAUAGUAACACAAUAAAUAGCAAUAACAAGGCUGUAUACAAUACCAGCACAGACAGAAGGGGUAAGUAACCCAGACACAUCACAGGGGCUAUAAAGCUGAAGCAUCCAUUUAGAACUUUUCCUCACCACCAAAUGUGACCCACCACUUGGAUUCGGUCCUAUGUAGCAAAAUUAUUAUUUUUUUAUUUAUUUUUUUACAUUGGAUAAAAGUAGAGACUCAGAGCUAGAAAAUGUUACAUCAUACACUGCAGUUGAGGAACAAUGGGAAAGUAAUUCUGCUUUGAAAGUUGAUAAACUAACCCCACUUCUGAGAAUUUGACCCUUGAAUGUUUUGGUACACCUCUUCAUUGUCUACACCCAUUUAACAUUGUUCACACCCUCUUAAGCCCCACCAAUCUCUUUAAGGAUUCACAUGUGAGGCCAUGUGCUAAACAGAGUGAGUAGUGUAGUAAAUAACCAAAGAUUUCAAAACUAAAAGUAGUAGCCUACAAUAUGAAAAAUAAUCCAGGUAAAAAUACACUUUAUCUAGUCCUUGGACUAUAUCCUAAUCUGACUUUGGUGUAGGUCAAGUUGUUCUUCACAUUAGCGUCUCUGGUAAACACACACUAUAUCAAAUACAAUCGAAGUUUUUUUGUCACAUGCACAGGAUACAAAAGGUGUAAACAGUACAGUGAAAUGGCAGUGGUGUAAGUAAAGAUACUUUAAAGUAAUACUUAAGUAGUUUUUUGGGGUAUCUGUACUUUACUCACAUUUUUAUAUUUUUGACAACUUUUACUUUUACUCCACUACAUUCCUAAAGCAAAUAAUGUACUUUUUACAACAUACUUUUGCCCUAUCUGUAAAAAAAGUAAUUAAAAAACAAUUGCCGUCUGGUUUGCUUAAUAUAAGGAAUGUGAAAUGAUUUAUACUUUUACUUUUGAUACUUAAGUAUAAUUUAACAAUUACAUUUACUUUUGAUACUUAAGUAUAUUCAAAACCAAAUACUUUUAGACUUUUACUCAAGUAGUAAUUUAGUAGGUGACCUUUACUUUUACUUGAGUCAUUUUCUAUUAUUUUUACUUUUAAUCAAGUAUGACAAUUGGGUACUUUUUCCACCACUGUGAAAUGGUUACUUGCAUAGUAGCAAUAUCAAAAACAGAAAGUGUCCAGAUAAAAAUAUUUUAUAAAUAUUUUAUCAUUAUUAGAUGACGCUUACCUGACACACCUGUCUAAAUUGAUGGGUCACGUGAAGAAAAUGCUAUAACCACCCCCAAGCCACAUCUAGCUAAGUGGAUGGGUCACUAUUGUCUAGACAUGUACACAUGUUCAUGAAAUACAAUAGAUGGCCAUAAUCACCCCCAGACACACCUGGCUAAUUUGAUGGGUCAUGUAAUAAUCUGGCCGAAGUGGAGUCUUUUGUUUAGAUAGCUAAACAAUGAACCAGAAUAAUCCCAACUCUUACUACUACCAAUACAAACAUUGUCAUACCUGUAGUAUGAAUCUGCAUGCAGCUAAAGCUAACAAAUUAGCUAGCUAACAUUAGGCUAUGACUAGCAAUGCAAAUUGAUUUCUAAUUCGAAUAAUAUUACUACACAGAUCAUACACGUAACGUUAGCUACCGAGCCAGCAAGCUAAUGUUUGCUAACUAACUAACAGUACACUUUAACUUGCAAUAAAAAUGUAUCUAGACCUCUUACCCGUAUACAUGGAUGAAUGCUUCAUGGCAGACUGGAACCAUUUAACUCUGUUUUGUUUGUAGCUACAUCUUGUUUGGCCAGCGUUGUGUCAAGUCACUCCGGUUCACAUAUUUUCAAUUUAAGCCUACUAGAAAGUGUGUGCCCCUACGCUUGGAGGGAAGCAAUAGCCAUUCUGCUACCUAAGAAUAGUAAACCCCCCUUUACUGGCUCAAAUUGCCGACCAAUCAGCCUGUUACCAACCCUUAGUAAACUUUGGGAAAAAUUGUGUUUGACCAGAUACAAUGCUAUUUUACAGUAAAAAAAUUUGACCAGAAACUUUCAGCAUGCUUACAGAGAAGGACGUUCAACAAGCACUUACACUAAUGAUUGAUGAUUGGCUGAGAGAAAUUGAUGAUUCAAAGAUUGUGGGGGCUGUUUUGUUAGACUUCAGUGUGGCUUUUGACAUUAUCGAUCAUAGUCUGCUGCUGGAAAAACGUAUGACUUUACACCCCCUGCAAUGUUGUGGAUAAAGAGUUACAUGUCUAAAAGAACACAGAGGGUGUUCUUUAAUGGAAGCCUCUCCAACAUAAUCCAGGUAGAAUCAGGAAUUCCACAGGGCAGCUGUCUAGGCCCCUUACUUUUUUCAAGCUUUACUAAUGAUAUGCCACUGGCCUUGAGUAAAGCCAGUGUGUCUAUGUAUGCAGAUGACUCAACACUACACAUGUCAGCUUCUACAGCGACUGAAAUGACUGUAACACUUAACAAAGAGAUGCAGUUAGUUUCAGAGUGGGUGGCAAGGAAUAAGUUAGUCGUAAAUAUUUCUAAAACUAAAAGCAUUGUAUUUGGGAAAAAUCCUUCACUAAACCCUAAACCUCAACUAAAUAUUUUAAUAAAUAAUGUGGAAAUUGAGCAAGUUGAGGGGACUAAACUGCUUGGAGUAACCCUGGAUUGUAAACUGUCAUGGUCAAAACAUAUUGAUACAAAAGUAGCUAAAAUGGGGAGAAGUCUGCCCAUAAUAAAGCGCUGCUUUACCUUCUUAACAACAUUAUCAACAAGGCAGGUCCUACAGGCCCUAGUUUUUUCGCACCUGGACUACUGUUCAGUCGUGUGGCCAGGUGCCACAAAAAGAGACUUACAAUUUUUUACAUUGUAUAAUAUAGUGAACACAUCAAAACUAUGAAAUAACACAUAUAUAAUUAAGUGUUAAACAAAUCAAAAUAUAUUUUAUAUUUCAAAUAGCCACCCUUUGCCUUGAUGACAGCUUUGCACACUCUUGGCAUUCUCUCAACCAGCUUCAUGAAGUAGUCACCUGGAAUGCCUUUCAAUUAACAGGUGUGCCUUCUUAAAAGUUAAGAAGUUAUUAAAAUAUUAAGUUCUGCUUUUCUGAUGUAUCAAAUGCUUAUGUCAUGCAAUAAAAUGCAAAUUAAUUACUUAAAAAUCAUACAAUGUGAUUUUCUGGAUUUUUGUUUUAGAUUCCGUCUCUCACAGUUGAAGUGUACCUAUGAUAAAAAUUACAGACCUCUACAUGUUUUGUAUGUAGGAAAACCUGCAAAAUCGGCAGUGUAUCAAAUACUUGUUCUCCCCACUGUAUACAACAUACUAGGCUCAUCCAUACUGCAAAGGCAUCAUCUAAUGCCCAAGUGUUUUCCCCCACAAUUCAGCCUAACUAAAAUCUGUGCCACUCCAUUUAGUAUGAUAUGUUACUUAACGUUAGGUUACAUUUAAUUGGUGUACGUAAAUCCGGGACACUGAAAUUAUUAUGAUACUGUAAGUUACAUUAGGCAUGACUUUAAAAGUCUAAACCGGGUGGGGGGAGGACACAUAUUUAACCUCUUAUUUUUGUUGGCACAAACUACCUCCAUACUUCCAUUAAUUUGUAUGUCUUACCUUCAGACGAGUCCCAUGAUACUUGUGGGGGUCGUAGAGCAAAACGGAGAAUGCCAUCGUGUUUGUGAGAGUUUCCCCUUUCCACAGUGGCAUAUUAGUUUUGUAAGCCAAACCAUCAGGGUGGAUGGGCAGUCGUAUAACCAAACGUCUAGCAUCCCAAAGGUUGCGUGUUCAAAUCACAUCACAGACAGUUUUAGCUAAUUAGCAACUUCGCAACUACUUACUAUUUUUUAGCUUAGAAUGUUAGCUAACCCUUCCCCUAAUCCUAACCUUAACCCUUUAACCCUUAUCUUAACCCUUACCUUAACCCCUAACCUAACGUUGCAUAUCAUACUAAAGCAGUCAAACCUAAUAUUUGUUUUUGUAUUUAUUAUGGAACCCUAUUAGGGAUGCCAAGUCAGCAGCUACUCUUCCUGGGGUCAUGCACAUUAAGGCAGUUUUAUACAAUUUAAAAACAUUACAAUACAUUUCACGACAGAUUUCACAACACAUUAAGUGGGUGCCCUCAAGCCACUACCCUACUACCACAUAUCUACAUAUCUAAUCCGUAUGUACGUGUGUGUAUAGUGCAUAUGUUAUCGUGCAUAUUUGUGUGUCUGUGCCUGUGUGUGUGUCUCUUCACAAUCCACGCUGUUCCAUAAGAUGUAUUUUUAAUCUGUUUUUUAAAUCUGAUUUUACUGCUUGCAUGAGUUACUUGAUGUGGAAUAGAGUUCCAUAUAGUCAUGGCUCUAUGUAGUACUGUGCGCCUCCCAUACUCUGUUCUGGACUUGGGGACAGUGAAAAAACCUUUGGUGACAUGUCUUGUGGGGGUGUGCAUGUGUGUCUGAUCUGUGAGCUAGUAGUUUAAACAGACAGCUCGGUGCAUUCAACAUGUUAAUACUUCUCACAAAUACAAGUAGUGAUGAAGUCAAUCUCUCCUCCACUUUGAGUCAAGAGAGAUUUAUGUUAACUCUCAGUGUACAUUUAAGGCCAAUUGUAAUUUUCCUAAGUCCCUCUUUGUGGCAUCUGACCACACGACUGGACAGUAGUCCAGGUGCAACAAAACUAGGGCCUGUAGGACCUGCCUUGUUGAUAGCGUGGUUAAGAAGGCAGAGCAGCGAAUUAUUAUGGACAGACCUCUCCCCAUCUUAGCUACUGUUGCAUCAAUAUAUGACUAGUUUCAGGAAAAUAUGCUAUGUCGUGCGCCACUACUUCACAGGAGAGGCAUUUGAACGUGAGUUUUUGUAAUAUCAUGGCUGUUUUGAACAGACAGCUCGUCUUCUGGUAAUAUUACUUUCACAAUACAGUAUGAAUAAUCAACUUUUCUCCAUCUUAAUACGAAAAGAUUUGUUAAUUCGACAGUGGUUUAGGCCAAUGUGAAAUUCCAAGUCAGGCACUUGACCACACGCUGAUUAGCGAGUAACAAAUAGGCCUGUAGACCUCCUGAUUGAUGGUCGGUCAGAGCAGACGUUCGAUUAUUAACAUGACUGUCCAUUUGUACGUUCCCUUAUUAACAUGGCUUUUUAAGGAAAUAGUAUGUAGUGGCACAAAAUAUUGCUAAGUUCUAAUUUGUAAACGUUCUUUUCAAUUUAAUGCGUGUUUUGCAAACGUUUUGGAAGCAUACUAACUUUCAGUGCUUAAAACAACUUUAGCCAUGCUGUAAUCUAGCUAACAUGUUAUGAUUGGUAGUAAUAUGUCUAUGCCACGAAGACCAUGGCAAUUGCUAGUAACCAAUGUUAGCUAGCUAGUUCGGAUUAAACCUGAUUGGUUAGCUAUCUGCAGAUUCAUGCAAGGUAGUAACGUUAUGAGUUGGGAUUUUGGUUCAUUGUUAGGGGUUAUUGGUGUUAAAAUACACUAGUUAUACUAUUUUGGACAACCAGGCUGCUGAUGUCAUGCAGCUUCUAGUUUUUGUGUUAAUACUUUUUCAUAACGACAACUACAAGUUUGAUGUCGGACAACAAUAGAAUGCUCAUGAUGUCACUGCGACAACUAUUGAUAGACGUAGUAUAAACCAGCCUUUAGUCUUGAAAUUUUGGUUGUUUAGUACAUGGCCACACGUGACUCCUUAAAGAGAUGGGUGGGGCUAAGGCUUAAGAGGUUGUGAAUGAUGCUGAGUGGGUGUAGACAAUUAAGAGCUCUCCAGUAGGUUUACCAAAACAUUCAACUGCCAUUUUCUCAAAAGUGAGUUUACAAAUUUAUCAACUUUCAAAGCAGAAUUACUUUCCCAUUGUUCCUCAAUUGCAGUGUGUGAUAUACAAUUUUCUAGCUCUGAGCCUCUACAUUUAUCUAAUGUAAAAAACACAAUUUCAAAUUUAGCUACGAAUCGAGGCGGUCGGUCACAUAUGUUUUGUCAUGAGAGUUUACAAUCCAAGGUUACUCUCUACCUCAACUUUCUCAAUUUCCACAUUAUUCAUUAUAAUAUUUAGUUGAGGUUUAGGGUUUUGUGAAUGAUUUGUCCCAAAUACAAUGCUUUUAGUUUUUGAAAUAAUUAGGACUAACUAAUUUCUUGCCACCCAUUCUGAAAUUGACUGCAGCUCCUUGUUAAGUGUUGCAGUGAUUUAACUUGCAGUGGUAGCUGAAAUGUAUAGUGUUGAGUCAUCAGCAUACAGUACAUAUAGAGACAGGCUUUACUAAGAGCCAGUGACAGGUCAUUAGUAAAAAUUGAAAAAAGUAAGGGGCCUGGACAGCUGCCCUGGGGAAUGCCUGAUUCUACCUGGAGUAUGUUGGAGAGGCUUCCAUUAAAGAACACCCUCUGUGUUUUGUUACACAGAAAACUCUCGAUCCACAAUAUAGCAGGGGAUGUAAAGCCAUAACACAUACGUUUUUCCAGCAGCAGAUUAUGAUUCGAUAAUGUCAAAAGCUGCACUGAAGUCUAACAAAACAGCUCCCACAAUAUUUGUAUUAUCAAUUUCUCUCAGCCAAUCAUCAGUCAUUUGUGUAAGUGUCGCCAUACGUGUUGAAUGCCCUUCCCUAUAAGCGUGCUGAAAAUCUGUUGAUAAUUUGUUUACUGUGAAAUAGCAUUGUAUCUGGUCAAACACAACAGGCUAAUUGGUUGGCUGUUUGAGCCAGUAAAGAGUGCUUUGCUAUUCUUGGGCAGCGGAAUAACUUUUGCUUCUCUCCAGGCCUGAGGGCACACACUUUCCCGUAGGAUUGAAGAGAUGGCAAAUAGGAGUUACAAUAUCGUCUACUAUCAUCUUCAGUAAUUUUCCAUCCAAGUUGUCAGACCCAGGUGGCUUGUCAUUGUUUAUAGACAACAAUAACGCUGCACUUGACACAUUUAUGAAAUUGCUUAUUCCAGUUACUAAUAAAUCAAAUCAAAUUUUAUUUGUCACAUGCGCCGAAUAAAACAGGUGUAGACCUUACAGUGAAAUGCUUACUUACAAACUCUUAACCAACAAUGCAGUUUUAAGAAAAAUAAAUGUUAAGUAAAAAAAAAAUAUGUAAAAAUAACAAAUAAUUAAAGAGCAGCAGUAAAAUAACAGUAGCGAGGCUAUAUACAGGGGGUACCGGUACAGACUCAAUGUGUGGGGGCACAGGUUAGUUGAGGUAAUUGAGGUAAUAUGUACAUGUAGGGAAUGUUAAAGUGACUAUGCACAGAUAACAAAGAGAGAGUUUAUUAAAAGAGGGGGGGGGGGGGGGGGGGGGGCUUCAUCUGACACCGCCUGGUAUAGAGGUCCUGGAUGGCAGGAAGCUUGGCCCCAGUGAUGUACUGGGCCGUACGCACUAACCUCUGUAGUGCCUUGUGGUCGGAAGCUGAGCAGUUGCCAUACCAGGCGGUAAUGCAGCCAGUUAGGAUGCUCUCGAUGGAGCAGCUGUAGAACUUAUUGAGGAUCUGAUGACCCAUGCUAAAUCUUUUCAGUCUCCUGAGGGGGAAUAGGCUUUGUCGUGCCUUCUUCAUGACUGUCUUGGUGUGUUUGGACCAUGUUAGUUUGUUGGUGACACCAAGGAACUUGAGUACAGGAGGGGACUGAGCACGCACCCCUGAGGGGCCCCUGUGUUGAGGAUCAGAUUGGCAGAUAUGUUGUUACCUACCCUUACCACCUGGGGGUGGCCCGUCAGGAAGUCCAGGAUCCAGUUGCAGAGGGAGGUGUUUAGUCCCAGGGUCCUUAGCUUAGUGGUGAGCUUUGAGACCAUUAUGGUAUUGAUCGCUGAGCUGUAGUCAAUGAAAAGCAUUCUCACGUAGGUGUUCAUUUUGUCCAGGUGGGAAAGGACAGUGUGGAGUGCAAUGGAGAUUGCAUCAUCUGUGGAUCUGUUGGGAAGGUAUGCAAAUUGGAGUGGGUCUAGGGUUUCUGGGAUAAUGGUGUUGAUGUGAGCCAUGACCAGCCUUUCAAAGAACUUCAUGGCUACAGACGUGAGUGCUAUGGGUCGGUAGUCAUUUAGGCAGGUUACCUUAGUGUUCUUGGGCACAGGGACUAUGGUGGUCUGCUUGACACAUGCUGGUAUUACAGUUUCAGUCAGGGACAGGUUGAAAAUGUCAGUGAAGACACUUUCCAAUUGGUCAGUGCAUGCUCAGAGUACACGUCCUGGUAAUCCGUCUGGCCCUGCGGCCUUGUUAAUGUUGACCUAAUUAAAGGUCUUACUCUCAUCGACUACGGAGAGCGUGAUCACACAGUCGUCCGGAACAGCUGAUGUGCUCAUGCAUGCUUCAGUGUUGCUUUUCUCGAAGCGAGCAUAGAUGUAAUUUAGCUCGUCUGGUACGCUCGUGUCACUGGGCAGCUCGCAGCUGUGCUUCCCUUUGUAGUCUGUCAUAGUUUGCAAGACCUGCCACAUCCGACGAGUGUCGGAGCCGGUGUAGUACGAUUCAAUCUUAGUCCUGUAUUGAAGUUUUUCCUGUUUGAUGGUUCGUCGGAGGGCAUAGCUCAUUGAAGCUGCAGCUCUACCUUUUACCUCAGUGCGUAUGUUGCCUGUAAUCCAUGGCUUCUGGUUGGGAUAUGUACGUAUGGUCACUGUGGGGACGACGUCAUCAAUGCACUUAUUGAUGAAGCCAGUGACUGAUGUGGUGUACUCCUCAAUGCCAUCGGAAGAAUCCCGGACCAUAUUCCAGUCUGUGCUUGCAAAAUAGUCCUGUAGCUUAGCAUCUGCGUCAUCUGACCACUUCUUUAUUGACCGAGUCAUCGGUGCUUCCUGCUUUAGUUUUUGCUUGUAAGCAGGAAUCAGGAGGAUAGAGUUAUGGUCAGAUUUGGCAAAUGGAGGGUGAGGGAGAGCUUUGUACACUUCUCUGUGUGUGGCGUAAAAGUGGUCUAGAGUUUUUUCUCCCUCUGGAUGCACAUUUAACAUGCUGGUAGAAAUGAGGUAAAACAGAUUUAAGUUUCCCUGCAUUAAAGUCCCCGGCCACUAGGAACGCCGCCUCUGGAUGAGCGUUUUCCUGUUUGCUUAUGGCCUUAUACAGCUCAUUGAGUGCGGCCUUAGUGCCAGCAUCGGUUUGUGAUGGUAAAUAGACAGCUACAAAAAAUAUAGAUGAAAACUCUCUUGGUAAAUAGUGUGUUCUACAGCUUAUCAAGAGAUACUCUACCUCAGGCGAGCAAAACCUAGAGACUUUCUUAAUAUUACAUUUCAUGCACAAGCUGUUGUUUACAAAAAUACACAGACCGCCACCCCUUGUCUUACCGAAGGCAGCUGUUCUAUCUUGCCGAUGCAGUGUAUAUCCCGUCAGAUGUAUGUUAUCUAUGUCGUCAUUCAGCCACGACUCGGUGAAACAUAAGAUAUUACAGUUUUUAAUAUCCCGUUGGUAGGAUAACCGUGAUCGUAGUUACUUUAUUUUGUUAUCAUAUGAUUGUACGUUGGCUAAUAGGACUGAUGGAAGAGGAAGAUUACCCACUCGCCAUCGGAUCCUUACAAGCCACCCCGACCUACAGUACGUCCCCGAUAUCUCUGUCUCUUUCUCAUGCGAAUGACAGGGAUUUGGGCCUUGUCGGAUGUCUGAAGAAAAUCCUUUGCGUCCGACUCUUAAAAUCUUCGUCCAGUAUGAGGUGAGUAAUUGCUGUCCUGAUAUCCAGAAGCUCUUUUCGGUCAUAAGAGAAGGUGGAAGAAACAUUAUGUACAAAAUAAGUGACAAACAACACAUAAAAAAACACACCAUCUCCUCCGGCACCAUUCCAAUUAGCAUGCACCCAUUAAGAAAAUGACUGUAAAAACGGAUUAAUCCCCUUCGAUUGAUGAGGAAUUCAAAAAUUGUAUGGUUGAGAGCGAUGAGGCAAAAGGUAUGGCAAAUGGGUCUGGCAGCACAACCGAUUGGCAAACGUACUGCAAAUUGAGAAAUCAUGUGACUAAACUAAAUAAAAUGAAGAAGAAACUAUACUAUGAAACAAAAAUAAAUGAUAUAAAGACUGUAGGUAAAAAGCUUUGGAGCACCUUAAAUGAAAUUCUGGACAAAAAGGCACACUUUGCUCCAUCAUUCAUUGAAUCAGAUGGCUCAUUCAUCACAAAACCCACUGAUUUUGCCAACUACUUUAAUUAUUUUGUUCAUUGGCAAGAUUAGCAAACUUAGGCAUGACAUGCCGGCAACAAACGCUGACACUACACAUCCAACUAUAUUUGACCAAAUUAUGAAAUACUUGUAAUUUUGAAUUCCGUAAAGUGAAUGUGGAAGAGGUGAAAAAAUCAUUGUUGUCUAUCAACAAUGACAAGCCACCGGGGUCUGACAACUUGGAUGGAAAAUUACUGAGGACAAUAGCAGACGAUAUUGCCACUCCUAUUUGCCAUAUCGUCAAUUUAAGCCUACUAGAAAGUGUGUGUCCUCAGGCCUGGAGGGAAGCAAAAGUAAUUCCGCUACCUAAGAAUAGUAAUGCCCCCUUUACUGGCUCAAAUAGCCAACCAAUCAGCCUGUUACCAGCCCUUCGUGAACUUGGUGUUAGAGCAGAUGCAAUGCUAUAUUACAGUAAACAAAUUGACAACAGUCUUUCAGCACGCUUAUAGGGAAGAACAUUCAACAAGUACAGCACUUACACAAAUUACUGAUGAUUGGCUGAGAGAAAUUGAUGAUAAAAACAUUGUAAAACGUAUGUGUUAUGGCUUUACACCCCCUGCUAUAUUGUGGAGGGUGUUCUUUAAUGGAAGCCUCUCAAACAUAUUCCAGGUAGAGUCAGGAAUUCCCCAGGGCAGCUGUCUUGGUGCCUUACUUUUUUCAAUCUUUACUAAUGACAUUCCACUGGCUUUGAGUAAAGCCAGUGUGUCUAUGUAUGCGAAGAGCUGCAGUUAGUUUCAGAAUGGGUGGCAAGAAAUAAGUUAGUCCUAAAUAUUUCAAAAACUAAAAGCAUUGUAUUUGGGACGAAUCAUUCACUAAACCCUAAACCUCAACUAAAUAUUGUAAUGAAUAAUGUGGAAAUUGAGCAAGUUCAGGUGUCUAAACUGAUUGGAGUAGCCCUGGAUUGUAAACUGUCAUGGUCAAAACAUAUUGAUAAAACAGUAGCUAAGAUGGGGAGAAGUCUGUCCAUAAUAACGCGCUGCUCUGCCUUUUUAACAACACUAUCAACAAGGCAGGUCCUACAGGCCCUAGUUUUGUCGUAACCUGGACUACUGUUCCUGUGGUCAGGUGCCACAAAGAGGGACUUUACAAUUGGCUCAGAGCAGGGCAGAACGGCUGGCCCUUAAAAGUACACGGGAAGCUAAAAUUAAUGAUAUGCAUGUCAAUCUCUCAUGGCUCAAAGUGGAGGAGAGAUUGACUUCAUCACUAAUUGUUUUUGUAAGAAGUGUUGACAAGCUGAAUUUACCGAGUUGUCUGUUUAAAUUACUAGCACACAACUCGGAUACCCAUGCAUACCCCACAAGACAUGCAACCAGAGGUCUCUUCACAAUCCCCAAGUCCAGAACAGACUAUGGGAGGCACACAGUACUACAUAGAGUCAUGGAACUCUAUUCCACAUCAGGUAACUAAUGCAAGCAGUAUAAUCAUAUUUUUAAAACAGGUAGAAAUACACCUUAUGGAACAGCGGGGACUGUUAAGAGACACACACACAGGCACAAACACAUGCAUACAAACACACAAUAACAUACGCACUAUACAAAAUAUAUAAUAUGUAUAACUGCCUUAAUUUUGCUGGACACCAGGAAGAGUAACUGCUGCCUUGGCAGCAGCUAAUGGGGAUCAAUAAUAAAUACAAAUACAAAUACACUUUGUAUUGCAGAUAUGUAGUAGUGUAAUAAUGUUACAGUGCAUUCUGAAAGUAUUCAGAUCCCUUCAUUUUUCCCACAUUUGUUACGUUACAGCCUUAUUCUAAAAUUGAUAAAAUACUUAUUUUCCACAUCAAUCUACAUAACCCAUUAUGACAAAGCAAAAACAGGUUUUUGGAAAUUUGGGGAAAUGUAUUAAAAAUGUAAAACAGAAAUACCUUAUUUACAUAAGUAUUCAGACCUUUUGCUAUGAGACUCGAAAUUGAGCUCAGGUGGAUCCUGUUUCCAUUGAUUAUCCUUGAGAUGUUUCUACAACUUGAUUGGAGUCCACCUGUGGUAAAUUCAAUUGAUUGGACAUGACAUGGAAAGGCACUCACCUGACUAUAUAGAAGAAUGGCGCCGGAGAAGUUGGCUGCCGUUUUACAGCCCUCUAACCAAUUCUACUAUUAUGUGUGUUUUUCCGUGUUAUUUGUAAUUUAUUUUGUACAUAAUGUUUCUGCCAUCAUCUCUUAUAACCAAAAAGAGCUUCUGGAUAUCAGGACAGCGAUUACUCACCUCGUAUUGGACGAAGAUUUUUUUUCAACGAGGCGGCCGCAAAGGAUAUCCUACAGACACCCGACAAGGCCCAAAUCCCCGUCAUUUGCAUGAGAAAGAGACGGAGAUAUCGUGGACGUAGGUCGGGGUGCCUUGUAAGGAUCCGACGGCGAGCGAGUAAACUGCCUCUCCCAUUAAUCCUAUUAGCCAAUCUUCAAUCAUUUGAGAAUAAAUUGGAUGACCUAAGAUUACGGUUAUCCUACCAACGGGACAUAAAAAACUGUAAUAUCUUAUGUUUCACCGAGUCGUGGCUGAACGACGACAUGGACAACAUACAGCUAGUGGGCUAUACGCUACAUCGGCAGGAUAGAACGGCUGACUCCGGUAAGACAAGGGGUGGCGGUCUGUGUAUAUUUGUAAACAACAGCUGGUGCACAAAAUCAAAUACUAAGGAAGUCUCUAGGUUUUGCUCGCCUGAGGUAGAGCAUCUUAUGAUAAGCUGUAGACCACACUAUUUACCAAGAGAGUUUUCAUCUAUAUUUUUCAUAGCUGUCUAUUUACCACCACAAACCAAUGCUGGCAUUAAGAUUGCACUGAAUGAGCUGUAUAAGGCCAUAAGUGAACAGGAAAACGCUCAUCCAGAGGCAGCGCUCCUAGUGGCCGGGGACUUUAAUGCAGGGAAACUUAAAUCCGUUCUACCUCAUUUCUACCAGCAUGUUAAAUGUGCAACCAGAGGGAAAAAAACUCUAGACCACCUUUACUCCACACACAGAGACACACACAAAGCUCUCCCUCGCCCUCCAUUAGGCAAAUCUGACCAUAACUCUAUCCUCCUGAUUCCUGCUUAUAAGCAAAAACUAAAGCAGGAAGCACCAGUGACUCGGUUAAUAAAAAAGUGGUCAGAUGACGCAGAUGCUAAGCUACAGGACUGUUUUGCUAGCACAGACUGGAACAUGUUCCGGGAUUCUUCAGAUAGCAUUGAGGAGUACACCACAUCAGUCACUGGCUUCAUCAAUAAGUGCAUUGAUGAUGUCGUCCCCACAGUGACCGUACGUACAUACCCCAACCAGAAGCCAUGGAUUACAGGAAACAUCCGCACUGAGCUAAAGGGUAGAGCUGCCGCUUUCAAGGAGCGGGACUCUAACCCGGACGCUUAUAAGAAAUCCCGCUAUGCCCUCCGACGAACCAUCAAACAGGCAAAGAGUCAAUACAGGACUAAGAUUGAAUCGUACUACACUGGCUCUGACGCUCGUCGGAUGUGGCAGGGCUUGAAAACUAUUACAGACUACAAAGGGAAGCACAGCCGCGAGCUUCCCAGUGACACAAGCCUACCAGACGAGCUAAACCACUUCUAUGCUCGCUUCGAGGCAAGCAACACUGAAGCAUACAUGAGAGCACCAGCUGUUCCGGAUGACUAUGUGAUCACGCUCUCCGUAGCCGAUGUGAGUAAGACUUUUAAGCAGGUCAACAUUCACAAGGCAGCAGGGCCAGACGGAUUACCAGGACGUGUACUCCGAGCAUGUGCUGACCAACUGGCAAGUGUCUUCACUGACAUUUUCAACAUGUCCCUGACUGAGUCUGUAAUACCAACAUGUUUCCAGCAGACCACCAUAGUCCCUGUGCCCAAGGACACUAAGAUAACCUGCCUAAAUGACUACCGACCCGUAGCACUGACGUCUGUAGCCAUGAAGUGUUUGAAAGCCUGGUCAUGGCUCACAUCAACACCAUUAUCCCAGAAACCCUAGACCCACUCCAAUUUGCAUACCGCCCCAACAGAUCCACAGAUGAUGCAAUCUCUAUUGCACUCCACACUGCCCUUUCCCACCUGGACAAGAGGAACACCUACGUGAGAAUGAUAUUCAUUGACUACAGCUCAGCAUUCAACACCAUAAUGCCCUCAAAGCUCAUCACUAAGCUAAGGAUCGUUGGACUAAACACCUCCCUCUGCAACUGGAUCCUGGACUUCCUGACUGGCCGCCCCAAGGUGGUAAGGGUAGGUAACAACACAUCUGCCACACUGAUCCACAACACGGGGGCCCCUCAGGGGUGCAUGCUCAGUCCCCUCCUGUAGUCCCUGUUCACCCAUGACUGCAUGGCCAGGCACGACUCCAACACCAUCAUUAAGUUUGCAGACGACACAACAGUGGUAGACCUGAUUACCGACAACGAUGAGACAGCCUAUAGGGAGGAGGUCAGAGACCUGGCCGUGUGGUGCCAGGAUAACAACCUCUCCCUCAAAGUGACCAAGACAAAGGAGAUGAUUGUGGACUACAGGAAAAAAAAGAGGACUGAGCACGCCCCCAUUCUCAUCGACGGGGCUGUAGUGGAACAGGUUGAGAGCUUCAAGUUCCUUGGUGUCCACAUCACCAACAAACUAUCAUGGUCCAAACACACCAAGACAGUCGUGAAGAGGGCACGACAAAGCCUAUUCCUCCUCAGGAGACUGAAAAGAUUUGGCAUGGGUCCUCAGAUUCUCAAAAAAUCUACAGCUGCACCAUUGAGAGCAUCCUGGCUGGUUGCAUCACCGCCUGGUAUGGCAACUGCUUGGCCUCCGACCGCAAGGCACUACAGAGGGUAGUGCGUACAGCCCAGUACAUCACUGGGGCCAAGCUUCCUUCCAUCCAGGACCUCUAUACCAGGCGGUGUCAGAGGAAGGCCCUAAAAAUUGUCAAAGACUCCAGCCACCCUAGUCAUAGACUGUUCUCUCUGCUACAGCACGGCAAGCGGUACCGGAGUGCCAAGUCUAGGUCCAAAAGACUUCUCAACAGCUUCUACCCCCAAGCCAUAAGACUCCUGAACAGCUAAUCAUGGCUACCCGGACUAUUUGCACUGCCUCCCACCCCAUCCUUUUUACGCUGCUGCUACUCUGUUAAUUAUUUAUGUAUAGUCACUUUAACUCUACCCACAUGUACAUAUUACUUCAACUACCUCAACUAGCCGUUGCCCCCGCACAUUGACUCUUCACCGGUACCCCCCUGUAUAUAAAGCCUCCCUACUGUUAUUUUAUUUUACUUCUGCUCUUUUUUUCUCAACACUUUUUUGUUGUUUUAUUUUACUUUUUUAUAAAAAAUAAAUGCACUGUUGGUUAAGGGCUAUAAUUAAGCAUUUCACUGUAAUGUCUGCACCUGUUGUAUUCAGCGCAUGUGGCCAAUAAAAUCUGAUUUGAUUUGAUUUUGAUUUGAUAUAAGGUCCCAGAGCAAAUACCAAGCCAUGAAGUCGAAAGAAUUGUCCGUAGAGCUCCGAGACAGUAUUGUGUCGAGGCACAGAUCUGGGGAAGGGUACCAGAACAUGUCUGCAGCAUUGAAGGUCCCCAAGAACACAUUGGCCUCAAUUUUUAAAUGGAAGAAGUUUGGAACCACCAACAAUCUUCCUAGUGCUGGCAGCCUGGCCAAACUAAGCAAUCGGGGGAGAAGGGCUUUGGUAAGGGAGGUGACCAAGAAUCUGAUGGUCACUCUGACAGAGCUCCAGAGUUCCUCUGUGGAGAUAGGAGAACCUUCCAGAAAGACAACCAUCUCUGCAGCACUCCACCUAUCAGGCCUUUAUGGUAGAGUGACCAGACGGAAGCCAUUCCUCAGUAAAAGGCACAUGACAGCCCGCUUUGAGUUUGCCAAACGGCACCUAAAGGACUCUCAGACCAUGAGAAACAAGAUUCUCUGGUCUGAUGAAACCAAGAUUCAACUCUUUGGCCUGAAUGCCAAGUGUCACGUCUGCAGGAAACCUGGCACCAUCCCUACGGUGAAGCAUGGUGGUGGCAGCAACAUGCUGUGGGGAUGUUUUUCAGUGGCAGGGACUGGGAGACCAGUCAGGAUCAAGGGAAAGAUGAACGGAGCAAAGUACAGAGAGAUCCUUGAUGGAAACCUGCUCCAGAGCGCUCAGGACCUCAGACUGGGGUGAAGUUUGACCUUCCAACAGGACAACGACCCUAAGCACACAGCCAAGACAACGUAGGAGUGGCUUCGGGACAAGUCUCUGAAUGUCCUUGAGUGGCCCAGCCAGAGCCCGGACUUGAACCCGAUCGAACAUCUCUGGAGAGACCUGAAAAUAGCUGGGCAGCGAUGCUCCCCAUCCAACCUGACAGAGCUUGAAAGGAUCUGCAGAGAAGAAUGGGAGAAACUCCCCAAAUACAGGUGUGCCAAGCUUGUAGUGUCAUACCCAGGAAGACUCGAGGCUAUAAUCGCUGCCAAAGGUGCUUCAACAAAGUACUGAGUAAAGGGUCUGAAUACUUAUAUAAAUGUAAUAUUUCCGUUUUUUGUUUGUAAAUUUUUUCAAAGAUGUCUAAAAACCUGUUUUUGCUUUGUCAUUGUGCGGUAUUGUUUGUAGAUUGAUGAGGAACAAGGCAGUAAAGGCAGUUAGAAUAAGGCAGUAAAGUAACAAAAUGUGGAAAAAGUGAAGGGGUCUGAAUACUUUCUGAAUGCACUGUAUAUGAUGUACUGUUUUAUCUUUUGUUUUAUAUGAAAUGUAAGUGCCUUAAUGUGUUUGGACCCCAGGAAGAGUAGAUGCUGCCUUGGCAACAGCUAAUGGGGAUUCUUAAUAAACACAAAUACACUCCCACCAGGCCAGAGCGGCGUCCAGCUACUGGAGUAGAAGAGACAGAGAAAGUAGGUGGGCGUUGAUUCCCAUGUAGCAUGUGUUAGUUCGCUACUGAUUUGCUAAGAGUAGCCACUUCGCCCCUGUAGUCCUCUGCAAGCAAACAGUUGCUACAUUGAAAAUCCGGACGGUCCACAUUGUCCCGGAAUAGAGCAAAAUAAACACAGCUCCUGCAGCGUUGAAAACAUUAGUUAGUGACCUCCAUUUGAAACUACAGACUAGCUUGGCUAGCUAGGCUAGCUGGGCUUCCAUGUCUCUCUUCUUGACAGGAAUUUACUAAAAGUUUGCUAUAAGCUACAAUGUGUUCACAAUUACAGCCCGCACCCCGCCUCCCGAAGGCGAGUGAAAUGGCAUAUACACAAGCAACACACACCCGAGUCACACACCAGUAUGUCAAACAGAGAGAAAGCGGAGGACUUGUUCACUUGAUUUAAAAUUGCUACAUGUUCUCUGCGCCCUAUGGCUUAAUCUGUAGAAUUGCAAGAAAUUAGCAAGAAAAACUCGCUUUGGGCCCCCAAAAGGCUAGGAAUGGCUCUGAACGUAAGUCUCUGGUGAGAGUUUGAAGUAUAAAGUGAUAACAGAUAAGUGACUAUUAAAACCAUGUACAGUAUGUAUGGGCGGCAGGUAGCUUAGUGGUUAAGAGCGUUGUGCCAGUAACCGAAAGGUCGCUGGUUCAAAUCCCCGAGCCGACUAGGUGAAAAUCUGGCGAUGUGCCCUUGAGCAAGGCACUUAACCCUAAUUGCUCCUGUAAGUCGCUCUGGAUAAGAGCAUCUGCUAAAUGACUAAAAUUUAAUGUAUCAGGCUUGUGGUCAGUUCUAUCUCAAGUCAGUCAAUUCACAAAGUAAACUGAAAUUCCAAUUCUAAUAAAAAAUUAUCUUCAUCAUUACAAUAGGAAUUUCAGUUCUUGAAUUGAUUUAAUUCAGAUGAAAUUGACACCACACCCUGGUAAGUAUGUAGAACUAUUCUAAAAUUCACAACAGGAGCACACAUGCGUUGUCAUGGUUCUAGUGUUAUUACACAUAGUAACCAGAAGGGGGCAGGAUAGACCAAACUGGCCUAUGAUGGAACCACCUCCACGCAAUUCCCAGGAGACACCACCCCUGUGUGAUCCAGUAGCUGAAGAGAUCAGUGAUACCGGAUAGGUGAGACACAGACAGACAGUUGGCAUGUGUAUAUUGAACUAAGUCCCAUGUUGCUCAGUUGGUAGAGCAUGGUGUUUGCAACGCCAGGGUUGUGGGUUUGAUUCCCACGGGGAAUAGGAUUUUUUUUUACAUACCCUGUUACAGAGGUCCCUUGUUACUUUUGUCCCCACUCUCCCCUAUAGUCCCAACAAGAUGUGCUUCUUUCCAUAGCAGAGUCAGCUGAGGGACUAGCCCGGUCACUGAUCCAGGCUAGGGUUAGGGGAGACUGGGGUUGGCUGUUACAUCCUGUGGUCAUGUGUUUGUGUAAAGGGAGGGGAUGAGGUGUGUCCGGGUCCACGUCCACCCCAUUCUCACAUUCAGGGCGGCGAGCCGUGCCGAGCUCCCAGUAUUUUCACAGAUGGAGGCUGGGUAAAGGUAAAUACCCGGGCCCUAUAUCGCAGUAAUCCCAAAACGCCCAGUGUGUCUGCGUCUGACAUCGUGGAGAGGGGUACACACAGACAGUACACGCACGCACGCACACACACACACACAGAGAGAGAAACACUACUGACUUCAUAAUUAGUGUAUCCUGGUGUGUGAAUGUGUUAGUUUUUUUAAUCGCUUUGGUACUAUUUUCACAAGUAUGUGGGGAAUUUCAAAAACUUAGUGCAAAACUCCAAACUGGUAACACUUGUAAUGUAGCAUUCAAAACCUUUGCAUGCAAAAAUCAUUGCAUGCCUCAUCCAUGGCCUGAAGGAGGGUGGUAAGCUAAUGGGGAUGACAAUCAUACAUCUUCCACAUAUAUUGUAAUUGUGUAUUGCAGGGAUCUGUAGCUCAAUUGGUAGAGCAUGGCACUUGUAACGCCAGGGUAGUGGGUUUGAUCCCCGGGACCACCCACACGUAAAAAUGUAUGCACACGUGACUGUAAGUUGCUUUGGAUAAAAGCGUCUGCUAAAUGGCAUAUUAUUAUCAACUACAUUCCGUUUUUUGAUGGUCGGGGGGGGGGACGGACGACAUAAUUACAAAUAAUUUGUAGACUGCAAAUUGAUCGCAAGAAGCACAAACAGAUUUAACAUUUGACUAAAGCGUAAUAAUUUCAAACCUUGCUUACAUUUGUAAAUGAUCACGUCUCUCUAUUAUGUGUGAGAAUACCUUGGAACAGAUUUCCCAAAUUAAAAUCACUUGGAGCUGAUUUCCUGGUGUUUGUACAGUGUUGCAUGUCCAACAAUAAAACAUAUAUAUAUGUUUUUACUUGGGGGGCCAAAUAAAACCACAUUUGGCCCUUGGGCCACCAGUUGGGGAACCCUGGUGUAUUUUACAGUAUUGUAUUGUAGUUAUGUAUUGUAGUGGUCCUGUAUGAGGUUCAGUUCAUAAGAGCAUGGCACUAGCAACUUCAUUUUGGACCCAUGUUUACUGUACAGGGGAUGCAUUUCUUGCUUGUUUUGGGCUUUCUGAAUUCUAUAGGUUUACCAAACAUUUAAGUGAUCAUCAAUUAAGAGCAGUCGGAUUAAGUAAUAGUAAAAUGUAUUUUAACAAAAGAGAAAAUAAUCAUAUCUAAAGUAUCGUGAACAUUGUAUUGUGAAAGGCAAUUAUUUUAUAUGAACAUGUAUUGCAAUGUGAAAGAUGUAUUUCUAGAUACGUUUGGUGAAAAAGUGACUGUAUGAUUUUGUGAUUGUUUUGAAACAAGAAAACUUCCUUUUUGAUGAUCGGUUUUGAGUUUUGUACUAAGAUUUGUGAAAAUGUAACACAUACUUUAGCAAAUUGCACCAAAGCGAUAAAAAAACUAAGUGAGAACUAUGUAUGGGACAUACUGCUUAAAUGUGUAUAAAGUGUGUAUUGUAUGCUUGUGUUGGAGUUAAUGAAAUUGUAUGUGACAACUAUUAUUGUUAUUUGUGAAUAUGUUACAACGUUAUAGCUUUUAUUUCAUGUUCUGUACACUGUAAAGUGCAGAUGUGUAUGUCUGAUGCUGAUCUGUGUGUGUGUGUGUUUCAGAUGCUGGGGUGCGGUUGUGUGCUUCUCUCCUGUCUCCUGACGGUGACUCUGUUCCACUACAGUGUAGACAGCCUUCACCUCACCCAGGAGAGCCCAGAGGUGAGAUCAGGAUACUGUGUGUGUGUGUGUUAUAUGGGUUCACCUGGUCACACAUCAGUUCCAUGUAUCAAUAACUACUGUAUAACUGGGGGCAAGUGACCUGACCAGGAACAACCCCUGACCCUGACCCUGAACAUAAUAAUAUAAUAGAAUUGUAGAACUCUCCUAGCGCCUGCGUGGUCUAGACUUGGGUUCAAAUAGUAUCAAGCUGUGCUUCAUUGAGCUUGCGUGGUGCAAUGACACGCAUGGAAUAGUCCCAAAAGUGCAAACUAAGUCCAUCUGGCAUGCAGGCUUAAGCAAAACACUCAAGGUAUUUGAAAGAAGGCAAAUUCUAUUGGAACCCAGGUGUGGUGUGCUCCUCGUUCCCACCCCAGGAUAGUAAACUGGCUGAGGGGAGGAGCUCCCCCCUUCCCCUUAGCCCUUGAUCUUCGUUGUUUGCAGAUCUGUAAGGUAGAAGUAAUAUGGUGGAAGCGCCAUCAUUACACUGCUUAUAACUAUCCAGACCGUUCCGAUCUACAAACACUGAAGGGGUGAAGGGUUAGGGCCAAGGGGAAGGUGCAGGGAGCAACCUUGAUCCAGCUGAGUAAGUGCUGUUAGUGAGUGAGUGAGUGAGUGAGUGAGUGAGUGAGUGGGGUCACUCACGCACGCAGAGUGAGGGAGGUCCAGGCUGAAGAGUUGGGGAAGGUAUCUGCAUGGCCACGGCCGGUGGUGGCUGUGUUUAUUCUGGCUUUCCUCGGGAUGGUCAGAAAUGCUUCUCUCCCUGAUCUGAUUAUGUGGAACGAAAUGGCGAGAUGACGGUCUGUCAUCGCCGCUGUGGCGCUGCCUGGGCUGAGCUAUAAAUACCACCCGCCGCUGUUCCCAGGAGAGGCAGAAACAACAGCCACGUCAGAGAGGGACAAGGGAGGGGGAACACUGGGACAUUCUGUCUGUCUAUAUAUCUGUCUGUCUGCCUUCUUGGCUCCCUGUCUGUCUGUCUGUUUGCCUGCUUAGCUAUCUGUCUGUCAACAUGCUAGCAUAUACUAUAGACUUCCAGUCAUUGCGCUAAUUCUAGUUAGCAAUUGCGCUAGCGCUAGUUGGCAACUUACUUCAAACUGCACACAGAGACAUAAACAUGGUAUCCACAAGUUCAUCUGACUCUGGGGAAGUAGAUAAAAUCCUUAAGUAUCCCUUUAAGUAUACCACAAAGAAAAAAAUUGUGUGACAGCUAACGCUAAUGAGAGCAUUAUCUUGGCUAACCAUCCACUUUGACCUUGUGGUAGAAGUUCCUUUAGACCUCAUUAUGUUCUCCCAUUGUUGACUUCCAACCUAGUAUUAGAAGUUCCUAUUGACUUUCUGUGUUUUCCCGUUGUUGUUUUUGUUGUAGUACCUGGACCCGGUGGUUCAGGAGGAGUCAGGCCUGCAGGCCCGGUCCAGUGAGCAAAAAGCAGCAGGGGCUUUGACGGCCAAGUUGCUACUACUUGACCACCUGGACCGCCUGGAGAAUGACGUCAUCGAUACCAAGAUGAAGAGGAGCUUCCCAGGGUCCAACACUCCACUGGACCGCCUCUCCAUCAGCACCAUGGACCCUAAGGGCUCCAAGCAGAGGUAGGUACUAACCACUUAGAGAGAGAGACUACUUUUGAUGCUAUUUAUUGAGACAUCAUCAGUGAAGCACUUCCAUACUCCACCCUGAUGCACACACAUGAACAGUCAUACACACAUAUACUUAUUGGGGCAGUUUCCCGGGACACAGAAUAUUAAUGGGGCAUUCACAUGCUUGUGGGAAGUUGGAAACUGGGAAGAUGGAAGUCAUGAUUCUGCUCAAGUGGUUUUGAAGUCGGAACAAUUCUUCAACCAAUAACAUUUUAGCUAGCUUGCUUAAAAUUGACAAUAGUCAAACUAGAUACAUGAUCCAUAUUGAUUUGAUUUGUUGUCAUCUUUUGGUUGAAAAGAUGAAAGGUCACUGGUGAAACGUCAAAGCGCGGCAACUCAGGUAAAAGCAUUUUCUCUGAGUUUCCCACCUGUAAUUAUGACUUGGAGGGUCGUUCAAGUGAAACUUUCCAGUCGGAACUACAAACCUCUGAUGACUCCGAUAGCAUGUGAACGCUCCAUUAGCCUAAUCCUGGAAAGCAUUUUCAAUAGAGAUUCUCCAUUGAACCUGCUUUUUAGUCCAGGGCUAGGCUUAAUCUGUGUCUAGGAAACUGCCCCUUGACUGCUAUGAGGGAUAAUGCCAUCCUAUCGUGGCGUUUUUGUAACAUACUAAGUGCACAGCAGACAGAGAAAAACAACAUGAAUGUCAACCUAUCUGAAUCAACUUUAAGUGAAUUACAUCAUCAAGUCAGCCGGUCCACAAUGGCCCAAAAUCUCAUUAGCAAGAUGCAUAAAUAGAACAUUAACAGUUCAUUGUCUUGGAUCUCUCUGUUAGAAGGUCUGCUUUUCCUAAAUGAGGAAAGACAUAUACAUCUCUUCUCAACUCUUACUUAUUACUUAACAACAUUACAUCUAUCAUACCUUAUCUUUCUAUCGUAGCCCAAACACUGGCCAUUUUGAUUGGCCGAGGGUCAAAACACUGGCCACUUUUUUAAUUGGCUGUAGCCUACACACAGGCAGCUUUGAUUGAUUGAAGGUCAAACAAUUUGGGAUUUUCAACACAUUAAUGUUUCUUAUAAAAAGAAGAAGUGAUGCAGUCAGUCUCUCCUCAACUCUUAGCCAAGAGAGACUGGCAUGCAUAGUAUUUAUAUCAGCCCUCUGAUUACAAUGAAGAGCAAGACGUGCCGCUCUGUUUUGGGCCAGCUGCAGCUUAACUAGGUCUUUCCUUGCAGCACUGGACCACACGACUGGGCAAUAAUCAAGAUGAGACAAAACUAGAGCCUGCAGAACUUGCUUUUUGGAGUGUGGUGUCAAAAAAGCAGAGCAUCUCUUUAUUACGGACAGACCUCUCCCCAUCUUUACAACCAUUUAAUCUAUAUGUUUUGACCAUGAUAGUUUACAAUCGAAGGUAACGCCAAGUCAUUUAGUCUCCUCAACUUGUUCAACAGCCACACCAUUCAUUACCAGAUUCAGCUGAGGUCUAGAACUUAGGGAAUGAUUUGUACCAAAUACAAUGCUCUUAGUUUUAGAGAUGUUCAGGACCAGUUUAUUAGUGGCCACCCAUUCCAAAACAGACUGCAACUCUUUGUUAAGGGUUUCGGUGACUUCAUUAGCUGUGGUUGCUGAUGCGUAUAUGGUUCAAUCAUCAGCAUACAUGGACACACAUGCUUUGUUUAAUGCCAGUGGCAGGUCAUUGGUAAAAAUAGAAAAGAGUAGAGGGCCUAGAGAGCUGCCCUGUGGUACACCACACUUUGGCAUUAGAGAAGCUUCCAUUAAAGAAAGCUCUUUGAGUUAUAUUAGAUAGAUAGCUCUGAAUCCACGAUAUGGUAGAGGUUGAAAAGCCAUAACACAUACGUUUUUUCAACAACAGGUUAUGGUCAAUAAUAUCAAAGGCUGCACAGAAAUAUAACAGUACAGCUCCUAAAAUCUUAUUAUUAUCAAUUUCUUUCACAGAGAAAUAGCAUUGUAUUUGGUCAAACACCAUUUUUUCCAACAGUUUGCUAAGAGCUGGCAGCAAGCUUAUAGGUCUACUGUUAGAACCAGUAAAGGCCGCUUCACCAUUCUUGGGUAGCGGAAUUACUUUGGCUUCCCUCCAGUCCUGAGGACAAAGACUUUCCUCUAGGCUCAGAUUAAAGAUAUGACAGAGAGGAGUGGCUACAGAGUCAGCUACCAUCCUCAGUAGUUUUCCAUCUAAGUUGUUAAUGCCAGGAGGUUUGUCUUUAUUGAUCGAUAACAAACAAUUUUCCACCUCUCCCACACUAACUUUACAAAAUUCUAACUUGCAAUGCUUUUCUUUCAUUAUUUGUUUUUUUUAUGCAUGAAUACGAUGGCUCACUGUUCAUUGUUGGUAUUUCCUGCCUAAGUUUGCCAUCAGGUGCUCAUGUCAGAUGACAACCGUUGUCAUAACAGAGGUAGCAGGUUGCAUUAUGACUGUACUGAUGUAAGUAGCAGGUUGCAUUAUGACUGCAACCUUCCUAUUUCAGUGCAUGGUAGACUAAAUGUCAAAGGGAAACAACACUGUCAUAUGCAUUUAAUAGUGAAGUAUUCAAUUAGAAUGAAAAAACAACGUCAUUGUCCACUCAAUGUGAACAUUUGGCUUCAGCUUCACCACAUAAAAUAGACAUUAAAAAAGUUUAUUUACCAGGUCAUGCAAUGUAAUGUAAUCACAUUUUUUGCCAAGAGUGUGAUUCAGUAAACACAAAUAAAGCUGAUUUGAAAUCCAUUUUCAAUUUGCAAGUUUAUUCAAAUUAGAUUGACGAUAAAUUUAAAUAAUGUUCUAAAUGGAAUAUUCAUAUGUAAAAUAUCCACUAGGAUUAGACUGUUACACAUACAGCCAGUUUCCCAGACACAGAUUAAGUUCAGUCCAGGACUGAAAAGCAUUCUCAAUGGAGAUUCUCCAUUCAAAGAGCUUUUUAGUCUAGGACCAGGUUUAGUUAAUCUGUAUCUGGGAAACACCCGGCCCAUAGGAUAAGUGAAAGGUAAAUGGUGACGGUUUAUUUCCUCCAUCUCCCCCAACAGGAAAGUUGUUGAACUGCCACGGAGGCGAGUGAGUGUUCCUAUUGACCGGAUCGGAGUGGGCCGUCUACCUAGCGGCCGAGGGUAAACCCUCCCCCCAUCCACCCAUCCCCUUACCUGGACAGGUAAAGGACAAACCCACAGAGGUGUACACAGGGUCAUGUUCAUUAGGGCAUGCAACAGUUUUAAAAUGUAAAUGUAAAUGUAAAUGUAUUGCAACAGAAAAAAUAGGGUUUCUUAAUGGACAAGCCUUGGUAGUCCCUCCCUGUUUCAAUCUGUUUCCUUCCGUUUGGUGCCUAAUGAACACGACCCAGUUUUACCGCACACCAUUAUAUACUGUACACUACAGUGUAAUGUGAAUGACUUACAACAUAGGGCCAUGUGACCUGACCAGGAACAACUCUGGGCCCUAAUAAUGGGCUAUAAGGAGGAGCAGGUCACAAGGUCAGGAAAAACAUGGCCAUUCUUAUAAAUAGUGUAGCUACAAAUAACUCUACAGUGGAUCAGAUCAGAAAUAACUUAUUCCUACAACAAUUUUUUAGAAGACAUGACAUUGAAGACCACCCAAGGUAAUCUGUGUCUAUUUUCUCAAUUUCUCACAGGGGAUUCCACCACAGGUAGAAGAUGCAUGGAAAGCACAUCAACACCCCACGACCACUCCUCUUGACCUACCAACCCCCACCUCACCCCCAUCAACCUACAUACAUACACUAUGGCACAAAUCACUUCCUCGUUAUAGUUCUAAUGUAAUGUAAGCUAUCCCCCCUUCCUCCCCACUUCUGUUCCCCAUACAGUGUGGGAACGUCCUACAAAAAGCACAUCACUACCAUAGAAACACACUUAUUUACCCAUAAUGCCUGUGGGCGCUUUUGCCUUUUUUGCUCGUUUGUAGUACACGCACACAUGGUCUGUCUGUUCACUUUGACUGAAGGCUGACUGGGUGGCAAUGGCCUUGACAUUAAAAACAGAUUAUAA